CGCACAAGGCCAAGCAAGCGAAGCGAGAGUCUUCUCUCACUCCUUAAGUAGUGAUCGGGGCAUGGAUUUACGGGAUCGAUAUGCUCCUCCAGGAAAGCUGCGAAAUUGGCUUAAAUGGAAAAAGAAGGGAGAAAGCCGAUUUCAUACCAUUAAAGAUUCAGAUUGUGAUGACGACGACGACGACAGUGAUUACUCGGACGAUAGUAUUGUUAAUUCCCUGGAGAAGGGAUCUUGCGUCCAAACUACUGAGUUCAGGGUCUUCGUGGGUACUUGGAAUGUUGCAGGAAGGUCACCCGUAGGAAGUUUGGCCGUAGACUUGGACGACUGGUUGAAUCUCAACGACCCAGCUGACAUUUAUGUUCUUGGCUUCCAAGAGGUUGUCCCGUUGAAGGUCUGCAACGUGAUCGGAGCAGAAGAUGCGACGGUGGAAACAAAAUGGAAUUCGCUCAUCGGGAAGACCCUCAACAACAAACUUGGGAGCCCUUGGUUGACGCCCAUGCUGCAUCCAAUCUCCAGUGACAAUUAUUACUAUGGACAAGUUUCAGGUUCAGAAUCGAGGACAACCGACAGGGUCAUCGGCGGAACGAGAACCCCAGUUAGAGACCGGCGGAGCAGUCUCCAGCAGGAGGAACCAGCAGAUGGAGUCUCGUCGUCUACCAGUAAGUACAAGCUAAUGGCAAGCAAGAAAAUGGUCGGUGUGUUCAUCAGUGUUUGGAUGAGGGGGGAUUUGGUGAAGAAGUAUCGCGUCUCCAACGUAAAAGUUUGCUCAGUGGCUUGUGGAAUUAUGGGAUAUUUGGGAAACAAGGGAUCGGUUUCGGUUAGCAUGUCAAUCGAAGGAACCAGCUUUUGCUUCAUUGCUGCCCACCUAGCUUCCGGUGAGAAGAAAGGGGAUGAAACCAGAAGGAAUUAUCAAGUUUCUGAGAUCUUCAGACGAACCUCAUUCCCUCGGCUUCAUCAUGAUCGCAGUAGCUCACAUCCUCUCACCAUCUUAGGACAUGAUCGGAUAUUCUGGUUGGGGGAUCUCAACUACAGGUUGUGCUUGGAGGAUCGGUUGGCGAGAGAACUGAUAAAGAAGCAAGACUGGAGAUCAUUGCAAGAGUUUGAUCAGCUUCGGAGGGAGCAAGAGGAUGGCGGUGUGUUCCAAGGAUGGAGGGAAGCAAACAUAGAGUUUGCUCCCACCUACAAAUACCCUUGUUCCAAUUGUAAUCGCUACUCAGGCGGUCUCCCCACUUUGACAGGAGAGAAGCAAAGAACUCCAGCAUGGUGUGAUCGGAUCUUGUGGUAUGGUAAAGGUGUAAGGCAACUCUUUUAUCAUCGAAGCGAAAGUAGAUUUUCGGAUCAUAGACCUGUUUCUGCUCUCUUUUCCACUCAGAUUGAAGUUGUUAAAUCCAUGAAUCCCAAGUUCACCAUGCCUUCCUUUCUCACCGAAACAGGGCAGGGCAAGGGCAAGGGCAGGACAACGCUGCUAUCUUUGAUGGCGAAAGACAUAGAAGCACCACCACCUACGGCCACGAAAGACACCACACCAUUCACAUCCUAGGCAUCAUCUCUCGUUUAGAAUAAUACAGCUAAUUCACUUGUUAAUUGUUAUAUUACUUCUCAGUACUGUUGUGUCGAGAGAAGUAGAACCUUCUAAGUGGACGCCAUUGUUGCUCUCUUUGUUGUACAAAGCUUAUCUUUAGACA